UUAGUAUGUUCGUCACUCACAGAUGAUCUUCUGGAAGAGGCUCACGCCUGUGACUCAGCUCAGUAGCCUCUUCUCUACUCGGACGGUGGCUGUGUGUGGCGGAUAAUUAUAUACUUGUUGAUUUUUCCAGUAUUUAUCUAAUUUUGCUUCAAACUUUUCCGCCAUCUCCACAUUCACUACCCACUCAGCAUCUGAAAAUGAACUACAAGGUGAAGGGAAUGGUCAGAUUGGAACUUUUAUUUCACUUUCGAUUUAUAUGGUCAUUUCUGAAUAGCUAAGUAAUCUUUUGACAUUGUUAACUGAGUAAAUAACAGAUAAAGUGAGAUUGUUAAAUAUUUGUACAGUACGGUGCCAUUUUAUAACACUUUACAGUAUUAUGAUGGAAAUUUGUAAAAGAUUUGUUUGAAAGUUUAUUAUUUUUCAAAACCAAAAUGCAAGAUGAAAGAGAGACAGAUCGAAGGCCAAAGACAGCAAGUAGAGUUUAUCCUCCAAGACCAAAGAGACAGCGGUCAUGUGCAGCAAGUCUUGUCACACAACAAGGGUGUGUGUCAGAGGGUGAUGGCAGUUAUGCAAGAGCCCCAACACCGUACAACAUCAAUCUUCCUCCCUGCAACUUGGGGAUCAAUAUCACUAAUGUUUCACAAGCCUUUAUAGGGGACUGUUCCUCUUCACCACUGCAGCCUUCCAUACAGUGCACCGAUGUUGAUACUCCAGUGUUUUUCACUUCUAAAGACUCCAAAUAUUUUGACCAUCUUGAUACAAAAUUAAGAAAUGCUGCAGCACAAACCCUACAUAAAACCACCCGUGCUUCAACCCAGAAUCCCAAAGUAAUAUCAGGUGCAGGAGAUGGCGUUAAAUCCCAUGUUCCUCAGGAUGUUCAGGGGUGUAAAAGAACUUCUAUUUUAAAAUCUCCCAAAUCUCCCAAAUCUCCAAAUUUAUCCAACUCCGGUAGAGACGGUUCCAUUUCUAAUGACACCAGAAAAUCUAACUGCCAGGAGGGUAAUGUAACCAGCUGUGUGCAACAGAAUAAGGUGAAGUUCCCGAAACAAGUAGAAGAUAAUUUUCGAGCUGGCGAACUGAAACGACCUCAGCAUCAAGUUGUUGGGUUUUUGGAGGAUCACGCUGAGUUUGGGUCAGACUGGUUGGAGACCAUGGAGUGGAGGGGGAAAUAUGCUCCCUCUGUACUUGAGUCAACGGUGGAUGGAAGCAUUGUAAAGGGAGCAAAAAGAUCUUAUCGCUCUCGUCUCUGUCCCAACGACGUGGACUUCUUCAUCAACACAACAAUUGAGAAUGGAAGUGACCAAGACCCUCUUAUCUCUUUAGAUGAAUUGGGGCUGAAGACUGAACAACAUAAAUACAAAUGUUCCCUUUGUGAAAUGGUGAGCCGAAGUCGCAGUGAUGUGGAGCUCCAUAUUGCAUCUUGGGAUGACCAUUCAGAAGCUGUUGUUGUGGUGCUAUUGGGUAACCAGGCACGAGGAAGAAGCUGUCCUAUUUGUAAUAUCAGGCUUCAGCGAACUCAUUUGUUUAAGCACAUACGUAACGCUCACAGGUCCUUCUUUCCCCUGCACUGUGGAUACUGUGUGUUUCUCGGCCAGGACUACAACCAACUUCGUCACCACAUUCGAAAUAAACACGGUACCUCAAACUACAACAUCAUCGACAUUCCUCGCCUGCUGGCUGAAAACGACCAACCAGGUCUGGCCAUGAUACCCAUGAUAGAUGAUGAGGGAGGAAGUGGUGAGGAUUAUGAUGAGGAUGACAAACUUCAGACUGGCAGUAUGAUAUGUCCAGUGUGUGGAAGAGGUCUCAAGACACUCGCUAACCUCAAGAAACACAUUAGUCACCACAGCAGAGAAAAGCAACGCUGUGUUCUCUGCCCUUUUACCACAUCUUUACCAGCCCAAAUUAAGAGUCACUAUCAGCGCAGACAUCCCACAGAGAUACCACAAUCGCAAACUGUCUUGCUGGAAAAGAAUGGAAGUAAUGCAUUAGUGGAGGAUGUGAAACCCUAUUUAACAUUGGUUACAGCCAAGUAUGGAGUCCGCCAACCUAAAAAACAAGGAAAAUGGAAGCGUCAGUACAGGUGUCCUCACUGUGACUACACCUGUAACUAUAACUCCUCAUACAACCGUCAUCUACGACUCCAUAAAGGUGACAAGCCGUUUAAAUGUGGUUACUGUGACUUCCAUGCUAGAGAGGUCUAUGUUGUUCGUAACCAUUGUUCAAAAGUUCAUAAGGGUAAGGAAGCUGUUAUCGAAAAUGACAAGGACUUCAAGGCUCCUUAUCGCUAUUCAUCAAGAAAAAAUAAGAAGUGUGAGUGGAUGAGCGGCAAUGAUGAAGGGGAAGAAGAACUCGGCUCCCUCACUACAAGUACUUGUUCUUUGUCUCUACAAUCAAGAGUAAAAUUAGACAAAAAAUUUACUUUAUCACAGGUGGAAGACUUCUCAUCUAGAACGUCCAAUGAUUCAAGAUUUAAUAAAAAGAUAAAGGAAAAUGAAUCCUCAGUUGGAAUUAAUGUACCACCAGCCUUAACAGGAACUGAAAACAGUGUUGGUAUUAAAGCCAGAGAGAAACUUUCAUUGUGUGAGGAUCAAGACAAAAAACAGCGUAGGAAUGAGAUGUCAGGGAAACCCAGUCCUAGAAGUUCACCUAAGAAGAAUUUGAAGCCUAUAGGAGAGCUUCAGAUGACAUGCCCACCUCACAACAUAACAGUAACUGCAGGAGGAUCGUCAUACCAAAUAAGAAAUGUACCAACAGCAAACCGAAAUGAAAAUGUCUUUAUGAGCAAUUUGGAGGAGAUUCCUGAAACUCAUAUCCCCCCAAGAGUUAGUGAUGAGGUUAUGAAAGGAAAAACUGGUGAAACAAUUAACUUUGGAUCUUCACUAAAUACAUUUUGUUAUGAAGAGCAGAGUGAUCAGCAGCUACACAGAGGUGAAGCACAGAUAUUCAAACAAACACCUUUAUUUCAAGGCAACUUACCUGUUAAACUUAAAACUUUUAAGCUCAGCCAAGAAACUCAGUUAGGAAUUAUGAAAACAAAGACUGUUUUAAGAGAUAACAAAAUACAAACUUGUGACAAGGAAGUAAGAUUACAACCGGAGAGUAAUAUAUUGACUUCUUAUCACUGUAAGAGUGAAGACACACGCUGCAGUGUUAAUCUCAGUGUAUCUGAAAUUAGUGAUAUAAGUGAGAAGACUGUUAUUAUUGAUUUAUUUGCUACAGAUGGAGACAAUUUGAGAUUAGAGAAAAUUACACAUUGCUCAGUGUCUAAUGAAGUAGAAGAGUCUGCACAGAAGUAUUCUGAUAGCAACAAACAAAAUUCAUCACAUUCUAUGACCACCAGUUGUAUGUCUGCAGGGUUAUUAAAAAGUGGUAGUGAUGCGGUUAAGGCAGCCAAGUGUUCCAAGAUAAAAAACAUAUCUGAGAAAUCUUCAAAGGUUGAUGAGUGUGGAAAUCAAACAAAUCAUCAUCAGACUGCAUCACUGGUAACUGUCCCCACUGAGGGAUUAGAGAAUAAUCUUUAUACUCAUAUUGCCUUUCUCACAGACUCACGUGUACAGCGCCUCAGUAACCACAUCUCUGCCACACCGGGAGUUAUGACACGUGACCUUCUUGGUCUGGACUACAGCAAUAAUGAUUAUUUUUGUUCGGAAAAAGUUAGGCUCAUGAUGAAAGAGAAGAAAGGUGGGCGAGUAAAGUGCCGUGAAUGUGGUACAACUACAACAUAUCGAGCAUUUUAUAAGCAUGCAAAAAAGCAUUUCAAUAUCAAGCCUUUUCAGUGUGGAUACUGUUCAUAUAGGUCCAUUGAAAAGAGUAAAAUACGAGUUCAUAAUACUUUUUGUCAUCCUAGCAGCCCGUGUAUGAUACUGAAGCUCUCACCAGAGAAUGCUGCUGUUAAUUUAAGUAACAAGAAUGACAGCACAGUACCAGAAACUGAAGGUGAAAAGGACAAUAGUUUUCAGUCUUUAGGCAGUGAAUCUAUUGGUUUAAGUACAGCUAGUAAUUCACAGACUUCAAUAACAAACACAUCAACAUUUUCAAGCAACAGUACCAUGGAGAAACUGAGUUCAUCUAUAAAGAAGCCAAAGACACCCAUAUAUAACCCAACCACUUCUGCUAGUAGUUCAUCUGAGGUUAUGGUCAGCUCACUGCAGAGGCAGUCACCCUUCCAGUGUCCAAUUUGCCUCAAGAUUUUGCAGAAGCAUACCUCAACUAUACGAAGACACCUCUACAGUCACUAUGGAUAUAAACCUUACAAAUGUGGUUACUGUAACUUCACUGGUAUUGGGCAAAGUGAGGUACGAGCACAUCACGUCACACACGGGUUUACUACUGUACCUAAAGUUGAGCCCUCGGGUAUCCCCAUACCACCGGGCCUCACUCCAUAUAUCAGUGAUUUACUGAGCCACCACCGGGUAGGAAGGCCUCCUCACAAGAAAAAAGGACAGCAGUGUCAGCAGAAUUCAGCAUUACAUCUUAAAGAAGCCUCAAGUGGAGGACAUGAUCUUGUAUGGACAGACUCUGAAGCUGUUUCCAAGGAAGACCUAACAACAUUAUAUUUGACUCAGCAGGAAAUAGUGUCUUGUAGUCAACAGGGUGGACUGGAGUCCCUUAGUGUAGAGACGUGCCCCAUGCCACAAUCUUUACAGUCUGAAGACUUAACUUCAGAAGCUGCCUAUGCCGUGCAAGUUCUCGAGUCUGGCCAGGACUCCAGUUCUCCAGGUACUCUGCCGUCUCAGUUGGAUCUUAGUGUUGUAGCAGAUUCACAUUCUGAUUUGAAUUCAGAUUCAGUUUGUGUAGUGUAUUUGGUUGAAUGAAAAUAUAAUUAAAAUAUAAUGGUUUUGCAAGCUCUAUACUAACUUACAUCAAAUUGGGUAAGAAAGGUUUAUGUGCCAAAGAAUGUGAUCAUAUCUUUAUCCCAAUUUUUUGGAAAGAUAUACUGUGCAGUAAUUUGUUAAUAUAUUGUGAUACCAUCAAUCCACAUCUCCACUCAUCUUUCAAUGACAUUCCUUGUACUGUACAUCAUUAGUACAGAACUAUACUACGAUAUAUGACAAUUAAAAAUACAGAGUAAUUUCCUUAUAUGUAAUUUUCCACAUAUUACAUGAUAGUAAAUGAGAAAAAAUUGGAUUAUCAGGCAACUGGCUGGGUGACUAUGUUUGUGUGAGCGAUGAGUCAUUUAUCUUCAUGUGAGUGAGGAGUAAGUUAUACUGUAUGGAGAUUGCAGAUUAGUAUCUUACUGAAAGGUUACAGUAUUUGUAGACUUAAUAACAUCAUGAAUGUUUGGGAAUAAUGAAAUAAGUAAGUAAACUGGUAGGUCAUAAAACUAGGAGAGCGACUAUUUGUGCCUGACCAGGGAUAAUUAUCUAAACCUAACCAGGACUCAUUGCUCUCACAAACAGUAAAACUAACUUCCAUUAUAAGUUCUAAACCACAGGACUAAUGUUCAAUAUUUCACCAAGAUUAUGACGGAACAAUAGUCUGUCACAGUCACCCAUCACAGCCUACUGUAUAUCUAUACACUACCUGGCAGAAGAGAAUUAAGUAAUUAACCAGCCUAACUUAUGGAGUGACCCCAGAGCAUUAAUUUAAGCUGAAUUUAAUGAACAUGAUAAAAAAAUAAGAUCAGCUGACUUGGAGAAUUAUAACUUAUUCCUCUCCAUACUUCUUUGUCUUCACUUUCCCUCAGAAAAGGAAGAAACAAAAUGCAGUAGAGGCAAUCAACUUUUUAUUCCUUCCAAAUCUUCAAAUACUGUCCACACUGAUGUGAAGUGCCAAAAUAUAUGUGCACACAAAAAUCUA